AUGUCUCGACGAAUCAACUAUUUCACGGCGGCUGUUAUAGGGAUGUGCGAUCCAAAUAUAGUUCCUAGACAGUCGUUGACUGGACGAUCGGGGUCCAGCUUCAAUACCUGGGGUUCACACCAAAGUGGCCGCGUGCAUCAAGGCAAUUACCACAGCAACAGCAGCUCAGAAGAUACAAUGCACGAACCUAGAUCUUCAUACCAGUACCCACACAGUCAUCGUCAAUCCGCACUAGCUGCAGCCCAGUACCCUCACCACUACCACUAUCAGCAGAGAACCCACAUUCCUAGAAUGGCAGGUUCUAGUUCUAGAGGCGGCUUCCACUCACCGAGCGAGUGGGUCCGAGCUGCUAGGGCCUAUAAUGCCGAAAUCAGCGGCGAAUGGGACAAGUUCCGCCCGUUACCUGUGAACUGGGGCAACGGGGACUAUGAUGUCCCCCCAGACUUUCCGGAAAAUGCACAUCAGCUUUUCCAUAUGGAUCUUCGAGAGAUCCAAGACCUAUGUUCACUCUUUGGCAUCGACGCCGGAAACAGCAGAACCGAACAUAUUCUCGCAUUCCUCAAGCAUAUCGGUGCCAUCCACGUUGCGCAGACUUAUCCAGAAAGAGAUAAUUAUGGACCCGACUAUUAA